ACACGCCAUCGUGCGCGGUAAAUUUCAACCUUCUCCCGACAAAGGCUCUGAUCAUGGCCGCAGUAAUCGACGCAGACUAUCUGGUUAUCGGCGCGGGCGCCAUGGGGAUGGCUUUCGUUGACACCCUCGUGUCGGACACAAACGCCACCGUCGUUCUGGUCGACCGCUAUGCCCGACCAGGGGGUCAUUGGACCAUUGCUUACCCGUACGUCCGUCUUCACCAACCGUCAGCGUUUUACGGCGUCAACUCUCGUCACCUUGGCGAGGACAAGAUCGACCAAGUGGGCUGGAACAAAGGAUUGGCGGAGCUGGCUACGGUGGACGAGGUCUGCGCCUACUACAGUAUUGUCAUGCACCAAACCCUGCUCCCAUCCGGCCGAGUCCAGUACUUCGCCAAGCAUGAGUAUCUGGGAUCAGGCGAGUUCCGAUCAGUCCUCACCGGCAAAGUGUCCCGAAUUUCGGAGAACGCACGCAUUGUCGACGCCACGUACAUGAAAGUCAAAGUACCUGCCAUGGCCCCGCCAGCAUAUCAGGUGGCCAAAGGCGUAAAUCUUGUGACACCCAACGACCUUCCCAAGACUGCUCGGCCGCACGGUGGAUAUACCGUCGUCGGGGCUGGCAAAACCGGGAUCGAUGCCUGCUUGUGGCUGUUGGCGUCGGGCGUCGAUCCCGGUCAGAUCACCUGGAUCAUGCCCCGGGACUCAUGGUUCUUUGAACGCGGCGGCCUCCAGCCUGGACCGGCGUUUGCCGAAAGCACUGCCGCAAGUGUAGCCGCGAUCAACGAAUCCAUCAUGGCGGCCACAUCUCCCGAAGACUUGUUCUUGAGACUGGAGAAAGCGGUGCAGCUCACAAGAAUGACGGAGAAGGUGUGGCCGACGAUGUUCAAAUGCGCUACCAUCUCCCUGGCGGAGUUGGAACAAGUUAAGAACAUCGGAACAAUCAUCCGUCAGGGCAGAGUCGUCUCUAUCGGCGAAGAGGAGGUUAUUAUGGAGCAAGGAAGCUAUCGCCCUGCCCCGGACACGCUUUAUAUCGACUGCUCGGCCGAUGCACUUGCGAAAUUGGAGCCCGUCCCCGUUUUCCGUGGGCGACAAAUCACCCUCCAGUCGGUCCGGUCUUGCCAACAGGUCUUUAGUGCAGCAUUCAUCGCACACGUCGAGGCGACUUAUCCUGAUGACGAGACGAAGAACGCACUCUGCCGAGCGGUCCCGCAUCCGGACGAGACGAUCGAUUGGCUGAUUGUAAACUAUCAGACUCAUCGAAACGGACUGGCAUGGGCUAGCCAUCCGAAGACGGCCGCAUGGCUUGCUCAAGCUCGUCUGGACUGGUUUGGAUCACUCUUGCCCCCGGCGCCCUCGGACCCAGCACAGGCAGCGGAGUUCUAUGCAGCCGUGGGAGCGCAAGUUCAGGCCUUGUGUACCAAGCUGGAGCAUCUGAUUGGACAGCUCCCCGAGAGAGAUGCAGUGCGAGCAAAGGCGCAGCUGGCAAGAUUUUAGGACGAGGUGGAAUUCGGCUUCAACGCCUCCUUGACAUUUGAACAUACGUACGUUCUUCAGCUCAGGUUUUCACGAAUGAAUGAAU